AGUAAGUCACCAGCGGGGCUCCGCAGGACUCCAACUCUUGAGCCGUUUCCUGGACUAUAGAAACAUGGGUCGCAACUGACCAACACCUCACAGAAAGAGGUUGUUUGGUUUUGCGUUAAAGCCCCUGGAGGACCACCAUACAUGAUGACGUUACCCAGAGCAAAGCAAAGUGAAGGUAGGAGGAGGGAGGGAGCAGUGAGGGGCUGUAGCUGACUGACCGAGCAGGAGGAAAGCACAUACAAACACACAGGCACGGAGGAGCUGCUCUUCCACUCACCACCUCACUGGAGUAAAGGUUUUUACUCAGCCUCGGCCACGUUAAUCUCACGCCUUCACCCGUCACUCAUGGAUUCCAGGCCGUGGCCGCUCGGGGUUCGGUUGCGGAGGCUUGCGGGCAUGUGUGUGCUCCUCAUGGCCGUGGCCUCGUCAUGCGCCAUGGGCGCCCCCAACAUUAUGAGCCCCGAGGCCGGAAGGCCUGUGCACCUGGGAGAGAUCGACGGUGCGUGCUGGGACGCCUCCUCGCUUGCGGUCAUUGAGGUGCGCAAGCUGCACGUAGCAGACAACGUGGGUUCCUUCUGGGACUUCAUGACGUACCUGCGUGCGUCCCCGCAGCAGGGCCACCAGGACGCGUUCAUGAAGCUCGCACAGCUCUUCUGGGAGCGCUAUGUGGACUGCGUGCUGUCCCGUGCGCACGGACUGGGCAGGAGGGCCUGGAGGAGGGCGACACGAAGGGCGACACUGUAA